AAAUAACAACAAAAAUUCCGUUAAGUUACAAUCCAAAAGUAAUGAAACCAUGCUAGUCGGUUUAUUGAUCUUGUUCAGAGCAAAGAAGAAUUGAAAAAAAUACAAAAACAACAAAUGCAGUAUUAAAAAAUAAAAAAAAUUGGGAAAAGGCAUUUCAUCAAAAAUGAUCCUUAGAAAAACGGUUUGGAUUAUUUUCAUUAUCCAACAGAUUCAUGCCGAUUUCAUACAACAACACCUGCAAGCGGAAUUUCAUCCAUUCACCCCGGUAUGGUUUUCAGAACCUCCACCACCACCGCCACCAUGUAUUCUGCAUCCAUUUCCCUUAAUAGAAAAUCCUGCAAUAGGGCAUCCUCCUUUACACCACACUGUGGAGCAAAAGAAACCAUCGGAGAGACCCAAACCCAUUGAUUUCAAACGACCAUUCUUGGAUAUUGAAAUAGAAGUGGAACGGAACACCCAUGUUGCACAGGAUCCAAAAGAAGAGGGCAUCUUCAUUGUUCAUGGUCAGGAGUUAUUUCAGAUGUUUUUCGGCCAUGAAGACAAACGUAUUAGCCUGAUGGGCUAUUUGGAAGGGAAUGUGAAAAUCGUGGAACCCUUGGCAGCUGAAAUCAUAUCCUGGAAUGGCCACUAUAUAUUGGUUGUGGCUUUAGAUGACUACUUGGAGAUAUAUAGGCUACGCAAAGAUAUUUUGGAAAAUCGUGCAAAAUUGCUAAGAGAACCCCAAGAAUUUGUGGAAAAGGCUCCAGUUUUUGAGGUCAUUCAGCAGCUAACUGUGCAUGGCCAUUUUCAAAAGUUAUUUUUACUUAGAAUCCAGGACAAUGGAGUAAUGUUAAUUGUUACGUCAGGUUUUUCAAAACUCCAUGGAAAAAUUGGCUCUUUCAAGUGGAACGGCAAUGAGUUUGAAUCCCUACAAGAAUUGACUGUACCGGCCUUGAGUGUGGUAAAUGUCAUUGGUACGGAAAGAAAAUUUUUAAUUACCGGAAAGUCCAUUAAGCAACAAACCAAGACCCUCCUCACCAUCUAUGAAAUUGAUCCAGUCUCCUUGAAUUUGAAAAUCAAGCAAACCUUCAUGUUGGAUUCCCAAGUGUUGCAUAGCACAACGUUCCAAGGAGAAAAUCUAAUUGUGGCCUGUUCUUGGAAAAAUCCCCGAUGCCAGACAUAUUUACAAAACCGAGAUGGGAAUUUUGAGUUAUUCCAGCAGAGAGAAAAUGAGAAUCUCUCAUUUUCUCAUUUUAAGGCUUCGAGGGAAUUUCUUAUGGUAUCGCACCAGAAUCGAAUUAUGAUUUUCACAGAUUAUCAUUUGGAUUGUUAUGGAAGUUUUACUUCGGAUUUGUGGACCAUAUCGGAUUUGAUGGACUACCGGGGACCUCAUGGGGAAAAUUAUCUGUUGAUGCUUUUCAAAACGCCUUUUAAGCUGCUGAUACGUGUUGUGGAAUUGGAAUUGGGUGAAAAAUAUCGCAUGACAAGGGCAGUCGACUCACCCAAACAGCUGAUUAUAUCCAUGGCUGAACAGUUGAGAAGUUUCCUGCCAGAGCGACAAGAUAAUGGCUUUCAAAAUCUUUUCAAUCCUCAACGUCGGACCCAAUCUCAACCGAAUAUUUUGCAACGUUUCACGGAUGUAUUUUCAUCCUCGAGAAGGGCGCAAGCACAGGAGAGAUCAUCGAAUCCCCUUUCGGAAAUACUCAAUCGUUUUACUGGCGCCAGGUCAUCUGCGUCCCAACAGAGAGGCGGGAGAGGGGGUUCAUUAACGAACAUGUUUCAGCAAAUUAUGAAUAUGGCCCCGCAACCCCCAGCAAGUCGACCAAGACAGCCGUCGUAUGGUUCCAUUGGUGGUAUGUUUCGUUCGUUAAGUGCUGCCUUUAGACCCAGAAGGGAAGUUAAAUCCACAACUCCCAUUGCCAUCAAUUCGGGGAGAGUAAAGAAAAUACAAAUUCUUGAUCCAAUGUUAAAGAGUCCCCAGGAAAUAUUAACUAAAAUUGAGGAACUGAAAGGAAAAUAUUUAUCAGGUCGGCUGAGAGAAGCCCGCUCCCACAGCGAGGGACCCUUAUCGAUAACCCUAGAAAUGGGAAGGCAAAUAAAAGCCAAGAAAGUGAAGAUUCAAAACCUAAUAUACUCCCAUGAGGUCAUCAAAGGCUUCUCCCACAAUCGAACAUCUGGAAAACUCCUAAUAGAGCCUAGGAUCAAAACCCACCUGCUAAAUGCCACCGAAAUUGUAGAACCUUCCAACGUGCGAGCCACCCGGCAAUUUGUCCCCGACCUAUACUAUGGCCUGACACCUUCAAUACGAGCCAAACAUUUACAGGUCACUUCCAUCAACGGCAUACCAUGGUCGAAAUUUUAUGAAUCGAUAUUUUUAAAAAAUCGUGAUAUUCAAAUCAAAGGACGUUUAAUUUUUCAAUCCCCCCUGGUUGAGGUUCAGCAUUUGAAGACCACGAUGCUAAAUCACUUGGAGGUGGAUAAACUGUUCAAUAUGCGUCAGUCGCAAGUGGUGAAUUCUAAGCUCAAGAUAUCGAGAUUUUUUGUGCGGGAACUGGAAACCGAGACCGUAAAUGGUUUGAAAUUUGAGGAAGAUGUUGUGUUUAGUGGCCGGGAUGCCUAUGUGGAGACUCCCGUGACCAUGCAUCACCUUAGCAUAUCCGGGGACCUUAUAGUGGCCGAUAAAAAAAUUGAACGCCAAAAUGCCGAUGAAAUGGAAUUUAAACAAUUCUACACAAAAAAGGUGGUCAUCAAUGGAACUUUGGUGUUGGGAAAUGUGAGGCGGGACAAGGAGAACGAAAGUAAAAUCAUAAUUGGCGAUGAGGAAUUCAAAGAGGACGAAAUUAGGGAGAAUUAUUUAUUGAAAAAUGAAGAACAGAAUUUCCAAUUUCCGGUAAUAUUUGAUAAUGGUAAGGUGGUGGCGCCCAACGUGGAGACUCGUUAUUUAAAUGACCACAUAACGGAGGAACACAUGCUGGUGGAUAAGGUCAAUACCUCAAAACCAUUGUUGUUGGUGUUUAUGAAAGCUGAGGUGCCCGGAGAUGUUGUGUGCAGGGAUUAUAAAUCUAAGUUGGCGGAAAUCCAGGAAAAUAUCAUACGACCAGGAGAUGUGGCUGUGAUAACGGGUAAAAAGCAUUUCCAAGCCCCCUUGGCCACUAAUGAAAUGGAGACUCCAAAUUUGAACGGUAUUGCCAUUGAUGACUUGGUUUUCAAACCCGAAUUGGCCACAACCAUAAAAUUCCAGGGGUGCAAGUUUUUCAAUAAGAUAAUUGUGCGUAAUCCCUGCUUCGUGGAAAAGGGUAUUGAGGCAAUGAACUUGAAUAAUUUACCCCUGGAAGAUUUGCUGAAUUAUGAUUACCAUAUGGAUUACAUAUCGGUUUCGUAUACCUUGAUGGCCUCCAAUAUUGUGUUCCAUAAAAUUAAUGGCAUACCUUUCGAUGAUUUCUUCACGAAACUGAAUGUGGAAAAGGAUCAGCUGAUUUUGCGCAAGGAUUUGAUAGUUGAGGGCAAUGUUUUGUUUGCCGAACCAUUGGAAUUGAAAUAUAUCAAUGAAUUGGAAUGGAAUGCAUAUGUGGCAGGUUUGGUAAGGAAUCAUGAAUCGGCUGUUAUCGAGGGGAAAGUAUGUUUUGCGGGAGAUUUUGUGGUGAAUGAGGAUCUGCUGGCGCCUGAGGUUAAUAAUUACGAUUUACAAAAUAUUUUCAAUAAUAUUUUGCUUAAAAGUAAGCCUCAACUUAUAACGGGCCAGUAUACAUUCGACAAUUUGCAGUUAUCGAAUUUGGAUGUGUUAUCGAUAAAUAAUAAGGAGGUAAAGGAGUUUGUGUCAUUGUCACCGGGGGAGGUGGAGGUUUUGGGUGAUAUAAUGGCACCCAAGGUUGUGGUGAGGGGUAACUUAAAAGGCCCGAUGAAAGAGGAGUUCCAGUUUGAUAACAUUUUGGAAAAACUGAACAAUUUUACCAAGAAAUCCUGGCGGAAUUUAAAGGUGAAGGGAAAUCUGAAAUGGCCCACGGAUUCGUUAAGCAUAAAUACCGAUUAUGAAUUGCUGAAAUAUUUGUAUAAAUAUGCCGUAAAAUCGAAUGGAGAUCAAGUUAUCAGUGGCAAUGUUAAGUUGAUAUAUCCAUUAAUCGAUAAAAUGAGAACGCGCCUAAAAUUCCCCGGAAAUAUCGAUUUGGAAUUUAUCGAUCAAGAUGCCUUGGAUAGGAAUUCCAAUGAGAGCCAAGUAAUAAUGGCGCCCAAGCUAUUCCUGCAGCCGGUUUUUAUGGAACAAAUGGAGGUGUUGGGUUCGAUAAAUGCAGGUCAUGUAAAUAAUAUCGACGUUUUGUUAUUUAAUAACUCCCUUUAUCGUUUAUCGAGCAAGGAGCCGUUAAAGGGUCCCCUAAAGUUUUCGGCACCCUUGAAUAUAGGUCACAUGUCCCUGAGAGGUUUGUUAAAUGGGGUAAAUAUUUCCCAGAUUUAUCAAAUAGGCGAUAAUAACACCUUACCUGUCGUGAAGGCCAAUCAGCUGUUCAUCGAUAACAGCAUGGAGUUGCGGCGAAUCAAUCACAUGGAUAUGGAAUAUUUCUUGGAACAACGUAUACCCCUGGAGGGGCCGGCCUUGGAGGUAUUUGGUCACUUAACAUUUGAGAAUUUAGUUAUCAAAAAUGCUGCCCUUCUGCAAAGUAUCAAUGGCAUAGCCAUCGAUAACAUGGUUUUCCGCCACAGUCCACAUUUGCAGACAAUUAAGGGCCACAAAACUGUGAGUUCCUAUUUGGAGUUGGCUGGCCCAGCCCAUAUAAGACACCUAAAUGGCAAGGAUCUUAUGGAAAUUUAUCGCAACUCCUUGUUUAAGAAUCGUAAUUAUCAAUUCGAUAACUUGAUUAUCGAUAAGGUGACAUUUGAAAAGGGUUUGAAUGUUUUAAAUUCCGAAAUGAAACAGAGAUCAUUUGCUGGGGAUGUUUUAAAGGAAAAUCAAACCAAUGGACCUGAUUUUAUGGAUUUACUAAAAAUGAUCGAUAACAAGUUGUCAUCGAACUCUGGCGAUAUUUUGUAUUUGGAUUAUGAUGUAAAAACCUCCAUAAAAUGGCAAACAACAAAUGUCACAGAGAGGAAUUUGGUGAGACUGAGAGAAUUGACACGCCUCUCCUGUUGUGAGAAACAAUAUUUGAAAAUCUCACUCCCCCAAAAGAGAGGGUUUGAAAUACAACUUGAAAACAUAACCUCAAAUCGUUUGUCAGCCUUCCAGGGCAAUGUGGCCGUAAAGGUGGAAAACUUUUGUAAACCAAAACACGGCAAGGUGAAAUCGAAAAUCACCAUCAGUGCCACGAAACUUUUCAAGGUUUUUGGCAUGAAAAGAUAUGUGGAAUCCAUACACAUUAUGGCCCCCAAGGGGCAAGAGGAAUUCGUAAUACUACAUGGUUUAGAUUUACCCAGUCGUAGGCGUAAUGAAGUGCGUAUUUUUAAAAUCGAUUAUCACAAUAACAGCAUCGCCGAUUGGCAGGGUUUGAUAUCGAACAUUGGAGAAAAAGUGAAACUUUUCCACACCCAGAAUCACACUUGGUUACUGACAAAUGGCCCAGUUCACAAUCACCCCGCCCUGACAGUAUAUCACUUUGAAAAACACUCACAAAAAUUCAAAUUUCAACAAAUUAUCGAUGGCGAUUAUGAUGUUAUCGAAAUGAUACAACUCCCACACAAUGCCCUUGAUUAUCAUCAGCUGAUAUUGAGCUGUCACAAGUGUCAUAAAAUUUACAUUUACGAACCCUCGCUGCAGGAUGUUCCUACCAACUAUCAAAUUUACCAAAUUUUAUCCCUCAAAUCGCCGAUAAACAAACUGUUUACCUUUUCACUUAAAAACGAUAAUUAUUUGAUGGUGAUAUUGGAUGAUAAGGAGGGUUCAUAUUAUCAUCUCUACAAAUAUUCUUAUAUUCAGGGUUGGGUCCAUAAAACCUAUGGUUAUUAUCCCAACCUACAUAUGGCAAUACCAUACGUCGAUGAUUCGCUGGAAAUUGCGGAAAAUUCCGAUACUUUGGCUCUGAUGAUUUUAUGUAAUUUCGAUAACUGUCAUUUGGUAAAUGCUGUUGUGAGGAGAUAGGGUUCUAAUGUUGAAAAUAUAUAUUUUAUUUAUUGUUAUAUGUAUUUAUUUGUAUAUAAGUAUGUAGUUUAUAUAGCGUAAGAUAAUGUAAUAUAUUUUUUGUUAAAUGCGGAUUUUUUAAAUUAUAAUAAAUUAUAUUUUUUUGUUAUACUUUA